AUGGGAUCGAAUGGGCGCGGCCGUGGCCCUCGUCGGGAAGACUGCCUCGACUGCUGGCGCGGCUGCCUGCACGGCCUGAGGCGGCUAAGGGCCGUCGCUGCGCUGUCGACGCGCCUCGAGCUGUAUCCGGUGCACGGGCGGAGCAUGAUGCCCACGCUCCACGGCGGCAAGGAGUGCUGCGGCAGCGACGUGGUCAUGUGCGUUCGAGCCGGUGGCCGCCUGCGCUUCUGGCCGCAGGUGGGGGAGGUCGUGAUUCUGGUGGACAAGAAGGGCCGGAUGGUCAAAAGACUGAAGUUCUUCGCCGCCGAAGAAGGGGACACAGGGCGGGGUUGGUGCUGGAUCGAGGGCGAUAACCCGCAGCGCUCUGAGGACUCGCGGCAUUUCGGUUGGGCACCAUCUCAUCAGGUGGAGGCUGUAGGCUUCGCGGUGGUGUGGCCUCCUUGGCGUUCACAUUGGCUGAUGCAGCCAGAGCGACGGAGUUACCUAUAUGAUUUGGUCGACCCUUGCAGGAGAAGUCGUGGCGUUGUUGUUGCGAAGCCGUGCGGCAAGCACAUGCGCAGGUAG